UAUAUUUAAAGUUAUAGAGUGUCUUUUGGAGAUGCUCUUAGUGACUCUUCCUUUUCUCUUAUUUUCAUUUUUAUUUUUAUUUUUAUUUUUGCAGAAUUUACUCAGAUAUUUUUAUCGGCACGACUCUAAAUUGGAUAUAUCCUUAUUUCAGAAACUGGUAUUGUUUUACACUCUUGUUAUUACUGGGGCAUUACUCUGAACGACUGAAUCUAAAUGCUAUAGAAUACGUGAUAAUCAAAAGAAGUAUUUUUUCACAGACAUUAAUACAAAUAUUUUUAAAAACCAUUACACAAAUUCAUGAUAUGUCAAAACAAGAAAAAGUAGAUUCAUGAAUUUAAAUAGAGAUAUAAGCACCAAAUCGAAAACUUAUUACACAUAUUUUUAAACACUAUUACACAGAUGACAAAUUCAUCAUACAUAAAAACAAGAAAAAAUAGAAUUCAUGUAUUUAAGUAGAUGUAUAUCUGAAACAGCUUGCACAUAUUUAUGCUAAUGCAAAUUUUUACUUCACAAACAGAAUAAUAUAAUCAACAAACCGGAUGCAAAUAAAAUUAAAAGACAAUAUUAUCAUAUAAGCCGCUCCAUAAUUAUACACCUAAUACGUAAUGUUGUUCACUGUAUAAAUGUUAACUAUUACAUAAGAUUUGUUUCGUUAUUUUCUGUCAAUAGCUUAUUCUACAGAAAGUUCCAAAAUCUCUAUAUAAACAAACAUUAGCAACAUAAGUUAACAACAUCUACGAUUAACAAACAAUUAAGUAACCUCCAAUUUUAUAAUCAUCUCUUCAAACCACAAAAUGGAAAGCAAAAGAAUGACCAUAAUGUUCAUUACCAUGAUGAUAGUCAUUGGGAACUUUGUUGUUCAGACAGAAGCUCAAGCUCAAACUAAUCCUUUUAGAAGUUGUUUUCCAGGUUGUAUAGUGAGUUGUGCCAUCGAGAAGAAGUUUCCCACUGGUUUGAUGUGCCCAUUCACUUGUCUCAUGACUUGUCUUCUUCCUCCAACAUCAAAUAUUACUACUCCUCCUUCACAAAUGAUUUUGGCAAACAAAAAAAUUGACCAUAACGAUUAUUUCUGUAAACUUGGUUGUGCUAGUCAUCAUUGUCUUGUUCUUUCUUCUCUUCAAAAUCCCAAUGUAGACAAAGUUGUGGACUGUGUGGAUUCAUGCUCAGACAAGUGCUCCAACAAGAGCUAA